UUGCUUUCUCCUUACAAUCAGUGUUUGUAAGGAGAAAGCUAGUGUAAAGCUGAAAUUUGGAAAAUUGUGGGAGUCUCAAACCACUAUGAAUUGGGAGUUGCUGAGGAGUUUACAUUUGAGCAGUUUUUUGUUUGACUAUGAUGUUGAUGGAUACUGUGGUUGUCAAAUUCUUGAACGUAUGGAACUGAAUAGAUGCUAUUAUUUUGAUCAAUUCCAUAUUACUUCUCCUAAAAGUAGGAAAUUGAAAUAUAGUGAUGGUUCAUACAAAUGGAUUACAGAUGCAAUACCCCUGAUGGAAAUGCAUUCUACAACAUAUCUUCAAGAAUUGGAGGUUUUGGGGUAUGGUCUUGCUUCUCUGCUGCCAAUUCUUCUUGUUUAAUCUAUAGUCAGCUAGCUUUCUCCUUUCAAUCAGUGUUUUGGGGUAUUGAGAAGGUUACAGAUGUCUCAGGAAAUGCCUCAAAAAGGGUUUUUCAAAGAAGAAGCAAUUGCAGUGUGAUCUUUGAACUUGUAAAAUAUCUGCUUGAGAAUGCGAGGGUUAUGGGGUAACUGAUUAUGACAUCAGACAUUAGGGAGUGAAACAUUAUUCUGCUAACUUGUUUCAGUUCCUUCGGAUGAUCGCUGAGAUUGGAUUGCAUUCCUUCGUAAUUAAGUUAAUGUUCUAUGGUAAUACAACUUAUCUGAUGUAUAUACCCCUCCAGUCCUUCAGAGCCAGGAAUAUGGAACUACGGAAUCUUUUUAAAUUAAACAUUUUUUUUUUUUUUGUAACGGAAACAGUAAAAUUUUGGUGUGUAUUGUCAACGUGUAGUCUCUUUGUGGCGCGUGGCAUUACCUUAUUUGUUACGGAGUAUUUUGACAAGUGGAUUUAUCACGCAUAACAUGCUUAGCAAAUGUGAACGGAUGAAAUAAACCCAUAGUCCGUUCACAUUUGCAAAGCUUGUUAUGUUUGAUAAAUCCACUUAUCAAAAUAAUAAUACGGAUUACGGAGAGGAAUUCUCGGGCUCUUCUUCUUCUCUGUUUACACCGACGAAAUCGUUUCCCUUUCCUUCUGUACUUUGCAUACAUUCUCAGUUUCAAGCGUAAAUAUAUACAUCUGUCCACAUGUGCGUCUUGCGAGUUGCGAUAAGUAAGAGCUAAAAGAGGAAUUAACUCAGUUUGGUAAGGCAAAUUAACACAUUCUGUUUUGAUGCUGUUAACCAUUGACUGUUUGAGAUCAUUAAAUUUGAGAUUUUUGUUUGAAGUUUGGAAUUUAAUUUUCGUAAUUGCUUGAUUUUGACUUUAGGAAUUCAUUUCUGUGAUUUGUGGGCUUGAUCUAUUUUUGGUGGAUUUUAAAAAUUUGAGUACUGGGUGCUAUCUAUUUUACUAUGCGUGUUCUAACAUCAUCGAGAGUACAAUCUUUAGGAAAGUCUUGAUCUUCAUUUUGUAAAUUAGGAAAGUCUUGAUCUUGUUGCUAAAACUCUGAAAUGAGUGUGCUGUGUACUAACUUGAUGUUGACUUGAUAUACAUUUUGCUACCUUUGUUGAUAUCUCUGUUUCUUUUAGUCAAUCACAUCUUGCUUCUCUUGGUCAUAUAGCAUACCGAUCUACUGAAUUUUGCUUUUGCUUUACUUUCUUGUUUAGGAUUGUGCUCCAUGAUUCAAUUCAUUAUAUCUGUACUUUAUGUUUCUUCUUUUGAUGUCAAAUUUACAUUUUCUAUUCAUAAAUCAUUUCUCCCUGUCAUAACUUUGUGCUUAAAUUUCUUAGGCAUAUUUGGUGUUCAUUUUUGGUUUAUCUUGGUGGAUGGAAUUUGCAAAGGAAAGGAAGGAUAAGGGUUUUCUAUAUUGUGCAUGCCUAUAAUAGUGGAAGCUUUUUAUUAUUCAUCAUCUGAGAGGUGUAUAAAGAUAGUUUCAAACUGCCUUAGGGGUUACAGAAACUGAGCUGUUCUUUUCUUGCUUGUUUACAAAAUGAAGUAGAAAAUUAUGGGAUGUUUUACUGGUAGAUAUUGAAGCAUAAGGGUGAAAAGUUGAUUCAAGGUAUUGCUGAACAACCACUUCACAUAAGGAAGGGCAAUGUCAGAAAGUGAGAAAGAUCGUGACCACAUAAGUGGAUUACCAGAUGAACUUAUUGUUCAGAUACUCAGUCUUGUGCCCAUCGAAGAUGCUGUGAGAACAAGUGUUCUUUCAAGACGGUGGCAAUAUCUCUGGACUUCCCUCCAUAAUUUGGUUUUCUUGUUUAGUGAUGAAAAAUGGGACGGGAGGUUACAGCAAUAUGUUUGCUUCAUUGAUAACACACUGAGGAGAAAUACUUGUUCCAAGAUUAGUAAAUUUUGGCUCCAGGGCAAUUAUUGUCAUUUUCUUGGAAUGAGAAUAUAUGAGUGGCUCAGAGGUGCUGUGGAGAAGGAAGUGGAAGAUCUCUACCUAAAUCUGAGAAUGCCAAUGAGGUUGAAUAUAUUCUGCUUGCCUCAAUUUCUAUGCACAUGUCCUUCACUUGUUAUAUUGAAGCUGUUGAAUUGUCGAUUUGAGGCAAAUUGCAUUGUAAAUUGGAAAUCGCUAAAGAGUAUAUACAUGGAAAAUGUUGAUUUUGAUGAUGAGUUAAUGCAGAGAAUAAUAUUAGGCUGUCCACUGGUUGAAACUAUGGAGCUGCAUGAAUUUUGUAGUUUGAGUUGCCUCUGUAUAUCUUCUACCAAAUUAAGGAAACUGAAACUGAGGAAAGCAUACAAUUGGCCUGGAGGUCAACUUAAGCCCAUGGAAAUAUAUGCCCCAUACCUUGAGGAACUGGAAAUUUCAGGACAAGGAGUGUAUUAUCGGUUAACCAAUGUUUCUUCCUUGAGAAACACUAAACUUGCCUUUUACAUUGACCGUGGAAUGUGGAAUUACAGUGAGCGCAAAUGUCAUUUUAUGGUUAAAGAGCUCUUAACAAGUGUGCAUCAUGUGAACAGAGUGACACUCGGAGAAUGGAUGAUUCGGGUUCUGUCAAUGCUUGAGCGGCAAAGCCAGUAUACUCCUCGGUUACAAUGCAAGCAUCUAAUACUGGAGUCUUGUGUUACAAAAUAUGAUCUCCCUGGCAUAGCAAGCAUUUUAGAGAGCUCGACCAAACUGGAGACCUUUGUCAUACGCAUGGAACCUCUCGAGGUUUAUUCUGAGAAUUUUGAUCCAAGAUCAUUCAGGAGAACAGACGAUUUCAGUGGAGACUUCAACCUGUGUUUUGAAAACAGGAAUAUCACAUGUCUGUCCCAGAACCUCAAACUCGUGAAGGUUGUAGACUUCUCGAAGCCAUGUCUCCAUGUAAAAUUAUUGGGAAAGAACUAUGAGUAUGCUCUCGUUGAAUACCUACUUAAGAAUGCAAGGGUGCUCGGAACUGUUAUAAUCACAUUUGGACAAAAGGAAUGCAACAUCUGUUGCACUAACUGCAUUUCACAGUUUUUGCCCCUCUUGGCUGGAAGGUUGGUAGAUGCUCCUAAAGCUUCUCCUGCUGCAACUGUCAUGCUUUACCCUCCACCUGUGUUUAUUCUGAGGAUUUUGAUCAAAGAUCAUUCAGGAGAACACAUGGUUUCAGUGGAGACUCAAUCUGUGUUUCGAAAACAGGAAUAUCACAUGUCUGUCCCAGAACCUCAAACUUGUGAAGGUUGUAGACUUCUCGAAGACAUGUCUCCGUGCAGAAUUACUGGGAAAGAACUAUGAGUAUGCUCUCGUUGAAUACCUUCUUAAGAAUGCAAGGGUGCUCGAAACUGUUAUAAUCACAUUUGGACAAAAGGAGUGCAACAUCUGUUGGGCUAACUGCAUGUCACAGUUUUGCCCCUCUUGGCUGGAAUGUAGGUAGAUGCUCCUAAAGCUUCUCCUGCUGCAACUAUCAUGCUUUCCCCUCUACCUGUGUAGUUUAUAUACAUUCUCAGUUCGAAGAGUAAAUAUAUAUAUAUGCCCACAUGUGCGUCUUGCGAUAAGAAAGAGCUCAAAGAGAAAUUAACUCAGUUUUGAUAUUGAAACAGUGGGGUGAAAAGUUGAUUCAAGGUAUUGCUGAACAACCACCUCACAUAAGGAAGGGCAAUGUCGGAAAGUGAGAAAGAUCGUGACCACAUAAAUGGAUUACCAGAUGAACUUAUUGUUCGGAUACUCAGUCUCGUGACCACAUAAGUGGAUUACCAGAUGAACUUAUUGUUCGGAUACCCCAUCGGAGAUGUUGUGAGAACAAGUGUUCUUUCAAUACGGUGGCAAUAAUAUCUCUGGACUUCUCUCCAUAAUUUGGUUUUCUUGUUUAGUGAUGAAAAAUGGAGAAGGAAGUGGAAGAUCUCUACCUAAAUCUAAGAAUGCCAAUGAGGUUGGUUAUAUUCUGCUAGCUUGCCUCAAUUUCUAUGCACAUGAAUGUCCUUCAAUUCACUUGUUAUAUUGAAGCUGUUGAAUUGUCGAUUUGGGGCAAAUUGCAGUGUAAAUUGGAAAUCGGUAAAGAGUUUAUACAUGGAAAUUGUGGAUUUUGAUGAUGAUAGAUGCAAUGCAGAGAAUACUAUGAAGCUGCAUGAAUUUGGUAGUUUGAGUUGCCUCUGUAUGUAUAUCUUCUACCAAAUUAAGGAAACUGAAACUGAGGGAAGCAUACAAUUGGCCUGGAAA